AUGACAUUUCUCUUUGUAUAUACAUUUUUGUUAGCAUAUUUAUCCUUUUCAGCAAAGGAACCGCCGCAUCGCAUCGACCCGUCGCUCCUUCGCCGCCCCAGUGCCUCCAUCCGCCCCACGCUGCGCCCCCGUCGCGUCGCACACCCCCAUCGCGUUGCGCCGCCGCCGUUCAAGCAGGGCCGCCGCCGCCGCCUGGACAGCAGGGCCGACGCCGCCGCCUUCCCGUCGCCUGGACGGCAGGGCCGCCGCCGCCGCCUUCCCGUCGCCUCGACGGCAGGGCCGACGCCUUCCCGCCCGCUGGACGGCGGGGACGCCGCCGCCUGGGGCGCUGCCUGCCUGAGGGCGUCCGCACCGAUGCCCGUCGGUCGCCCCUCGGUUCGUUGGUUUGCCCCUGUAUUCUUUCUAUUUUCAGAUACCUGCUGCUUCAUGUUCGUUUCAGCAAAUACACAAUUUCAGCAAGCUGCUACCCAAUCUGAUGGAAACAUAGUUUACUUUGCAUUACCACAACUUUUUUCACCGUUAAAUUUAGGUGAUUACCUAAACUUUGCCUUACCUCGACUUCUCUCACCGUUAUACGGAUUUCACUCUUCAAGCAGAUGCGAACAUACUUAUUCCGGUGAUUCUCCGUCGCUGUCAGAGAAUCAUGAUCGUUCCCAGUUUACGGACCUUACAAACAAUUCCACAUCAGGGAAAGAUAAUCACGCGUAUGAGACUGUGCAUGCUAUAAAACCGCAGGGCAGCAAGGGAUGGUAUGCCCGAAUGUCUGAUGAAAAGAAGGCUGAAUACCUUCUGAAAUGGCAUCAGGCACGGGCUGAGAAAAAGGCUGCUAAUGCCAACUGUCAGCAAGUAUCUCAACAACAUUCUUCUUCAUGUUUGUCUCUGCAACGUACGUGUUUCACCGAUAUAACCAACACAGGUACAACUGCAAGCUCCGGGAAUUCUGAUCGUCAACCUGCGGUUACUAAUGUUGCAUGCAAAAAACAAGGUUGGUACACCGGUCUGUCCGAAGAGAAGAAAGCUCAACACCUGCAGAAGCUCCGGUUGGCCCGACUAGAAAAGAAAGUUGCAGCAAAAAGUGUCACUGCUAAUGUACCUCAGUCGCAUACCCCACCUCUUUCCACAGGUGUGCAUCAUCAAGUUCGUGAUGACUUGUAUUUCCGUGAUGCUAUCAAGAAUGAAGUUGUUCUUAGGAAGGAUGCCCGCAAAUGAGACGACGUGGAUAACUCACUUGUCCCCAAGAUAACCGCGGCUGAAGUAGACUUUCGCUCUGGUCAAUCUUCCCCCGUGAAGCAAAUUUUCAAGUAUAUAAGGGGUGAGCGUAGACCUUCAUUAUGAAUUUCAAGUAAAUAAAGGUCUCAAAUAAAUAAGAAGUGUGAAACUAAAGAAUUUCAAGCCCUUGGAUUCCUAGCCUUUUAUUAUGGAUCAAUUGGACUAGGCAUAAAGGUCUUAAAUAAAUAAGAAGUGUGAAACUAAAGAAUUUCAA